GCCGCCACGCCCAGGCCCCGCCCCGUCCCGAGCCUCUGCGAACGGCGGGGGCGGAGCCGCGCGGUUGCCCCGGCGACGCGCACUGUUUAUGCUCCGGGAUAGGCGCGAGCCGCGGCCAUGGCGAGCCUGGAGCCUUGCGGCUCAGGGAGAAACCCGUGCGGCCCGCAGCCUCCGCCCGAGGAGAAGCUGCUGCAGGUGAAGGUGGUGGGGCUCUUUAAGAGCUCCAGCUUUCAGAUUGCGAAGAGCACAGCUGAGAGUCUGAAGACUACAUAUCCAUCCAAGUUUGAAGAUCCUAUAUUAGUUCCUCUUCAAGAAUUUGCGUGGGAUCAAUAUCUACAGGAGAAAAAAAGGGAGCUCAAGGGUGAAACCUGGGAAUAUUCUUCGUACGUGAUAUGUUUUGUUAACAAUGAGUUCCUGGGUGAUGCACUUGAGCUGCAGAAAUGGGCUCACAGGGUGUGGGACAUACUUGAUGUUAAGCCCUUUGCACUUUAUGAGGCACUUACAUUGGAUUACUCCUCUGAAUUCUUAAGAAACACCAAGCAUGACUUUGUGUUCUUGGACGUUGCUAUUGAUUAUUAUCCAGUUGGAAGAUUGAUUUUUGAGCUAUACUGUGAUGUGUGUCCCAAAACGUGUAAGAAUUUUCAGGUCUUGUGCACAGGAAAAGCAGGAUUUUCUCCAGGUGGCUUAAGGCUUCAUUAUAAAGGUUCAAUAUUUCAUCGAUUAGUCCAGAAUGCUUGGAUACAAGGAGGAGAUAUAGAAGCUGGAAGAGGAGAUGGUGGAGAGUCAAUUUAUGGACCAACAUUUGAAGAUGAGAACUUUUCAAUUCAUCAUAAUAAAAGGGGAGUUCUUGGAAUGGUCAACAAAGGCCGUCACAGCAAUGGAUCACAAUUCUAUAUCACACUACAGUCAACUCCCUACCUAGAUAGAAAAUAUGUGGCUUUUGGGCAACUGAUUGAAGGAACAGAUGUUCUUAAACAACUUGAAUUAGUUCCAACAGAGAAUGAAAGACCAGUACCCAGAUGUAUAAUUAUUGACAGUGGAAAUCUUUAUGACUGAUUUUCAUAUCAAUAUUUUCUAUGAUAAUUUAGUACUAUGUAUCUGAUCAGCUGUUUUUAGACUUAAUUAAACAGUGCUUGAUAACAUUUUAACUUGAAAGCUGUGACAAACAAUGUAGGUUCAGCCCCCCAACACCCAAUCCCUCCCCAUUUUCAUUUCCUUCCUCUACUGUAGAGACACUAAAAGCAACAUAUUCAAUUUCCCAGCCUCCUUUGCAGCCAGGAGUGCCCAUGGGAUACUACUCUGGCCAGUGGGACAGAAGUAGAACUUCAGUGGCUCUGGCCCUUUCUCCUUCGUCCAGCCUUCAAUGGAGAGAGGCUGGAGCUGCAAAUGUCACCUCGUGCAGAUGUUACCCAGGAGGGAAAGCCCAAGAGAACUGCAGAGAUGUCAGCUGCCACUUCUUGAGCUGCAGAACCAAGAUCAGCACCCACCUACCUCUGGAUUUCUUACUAUGUAUGACAAAUAGGCCCCUGUUUAUGUUACUGUUGGUUUUGAGUAUUUCAUUACUUGUAGCCAAAACAUUUUUAACUUAGCAGAGUACCUAAUGGUCUUUGAAUAUGAAAACAUUCAGUUUGAGAGAAUUGUCUUAUUUGUAACUGUAUUGCUACCAUGAGAAACUUGGUAAAUAACCAAAUAGGAGAGAUAUAAUAGAAAAAAUAAUUCAUUUUAAUAUUUCACUAUUAAUACAUGGCAUUGAGAAAAAGGUAGAUGUUUUUAUAUGACAUGAUAUAAUCCUUGUCUCUCUGAGCAUACCAACCAUAAGAAAAUCAAGGGCUUUGGUUAUACUCCCCAUGGUGGUUGACUCCUGUGAUAUCACUGGAGAUCCAGUUUUAUCAGCUGUUCUUGAAUCUGAGGUUCCCAAACCCAUGUCAUUUGGGAUGCUUUUUAAACACAGAUUGGUGGACCUUAUCCUUGACCUUCUGAAUCAGAGUCUUUAGUUAUAGGACAGCGAGUGUGUCACUCAUUUAGGUCUCUCCCCAGUGAUUCUUAUUUAGCCAGCGGGGCUUCUGGUCACUUGAGAAUCCCUGCAAGACAUAAAAAACCCAUUGCCGUCAAUUCCAACUCAUAGCAACCGUAUAGGACAGAGUAGAACUGCCCCCAUAGGGUUUCCAAGGAGUGGCUGGUGGAUUCAAACUGCUGACUUUUUGGUUAGCAGCCAAACACUUAACCACCGCGCCAUCAGGGUCCCACACGACAUAAGUAAUUGGUUUUAGACCUCUUUUAGUAGUCAGAAUGUGUUUGACUCUGCAAUCGGUGCCGCCAGAGGUGGUCUUGCUCAGCUGCUGCUGCUGCUACCAUCACUGAGCUCCUGCUCUGCCCAGAGCCAUUGUAUUUUUCUUGUCCUGGCAUCACAGUGGUUAAGAGCUUGGCUGCUAACCUAAAGGUUGGCAGUUCAAACCCACCACCUGCUCAUUGGAAAC